AUGGCUGAUGCAGAAUUGCCGGGUAUCAAAGUGACAGAUGGGCGUUUGAAGGGCAGCAAGGAGCAACAACAAGCUAUUGGGUCUCCAACGACCGAAGGGGGGAGACGAGGCUCUGCAACUUCAUCGGAAGACAAUGGGCAUUCCACAAUUCCAAAGAAGUCUCCAAUAAAACUCAUUCGGAAUGGAGUAGCCAACAAAGAAAAUGGAAGUGAUACAGCAUCUGCUCGAACCUCUUCUGCUAUCGACCCUCUCUCGCAUCAUAUACUGAAGCGUACGAAUACUGAGAACACAGUCCCCCAAAAAGUUCGAAAUGCUCCUACCUCAGGGAAUGUUCUUCCAGAGCUCUCGGAGCCGGGGAGUCCUGACACAGGUUCACCUGGUAGGCAAUUGACCCCGGAGAGUCGCAGCGAUAGUAAUCUGGCAAAAGACAGGAAGAAAGGAGUCUCGUUCCUGAAUCGUUUCAAUAUAUUAGGGGGAAGGAAGAAUGAGGAGACAGAGAUGGAUGGCGACGAGGGCGAAUUGGACGAUCGACGCACCGAAGGCAUGAAUGCCCAUGUCUUUUCCUCGGCGAUAGGUGCAAACGGCUAUAUCCCGAGACAUAAGGAGCCACCACGAUAUAUUAAGGUCCGAGCACAUAAUAAGAAGACUAUGGAGUUUAAUCGCAUGUUUUUAGCUCAGGAAUUGAGUGGCACAAAAAUUCUGUCAAAGGAAGAGAAAGUGCAAAGUUCGACGACUUCAGAACACCCUAACAAGUUAUCGAAACCACCAAAGUCAACCGGCGCAGUGUGGGCAGCUGAGUUUAGCAAAGAUGGGAAAUAUUUUGCUGCAGCAGGGAAGGACCGAGUGGUUCGAGUUUGGGCAGUAAUAUCAACCGCGGAGGAGCGGCGAGCACAUGAAUUCGACGAAGAUGGUGAAAAGUUGAGCGCUCCUGUCUUCAAAUCUAAGCCGAUACAGGAAUUCGAGGGCCAUACUAUGGAUGUUUUGGAUCUUAGUUGGAGCAAAAACAAUUUUUUACUGUCUUCUUCGAUGGACAAGACCGUGCGAUUAUGGCAUAUAAGCAGACCGGAAUGUUUGUGCACUUUUAACCACAAGGAUUUUGUUACAUCAAUAGCCUUUCAUCCACGCGACGAUCGCUUUUUCUUGGCUGGGUCACUAGAUUCAAUCCUUCGACUUUGGAGUAUUCCCGACAAAAGUGUUGCCUUUUGGAAUCAAUUACCUGGUCUCAUAACGGCUGUGGCCUUCAGUCCAGAUGGCAAGACAGCUAUUGCUGGUGUUCUUAGUGGCAUCUGUUUGUUCUACGAAACCGAAGGCUUGAAAUACCACACUCAAAUUCAUGUCCGGUCAUCACGAGGGAAAAAUGCAAAGGGAAGCAAAAUCACAGGUAUUCGCACGAUUGUUUAUCCUCCCAAUGAUCCAGAAGGCGAAACAAAAGUUUUGAUCACUUCCAAUGACUCUCGAGUUCGAAUGUACAACCUUCGUGAUAAAGCUCUAGAGAUGAAGUUUAGAAGCCACGAAAAUGCCUACAGUCAAAUUACGGCCCAAUUCAGCGAUGAUGCAAAAUAUGUUAUAUGUGGUAGUGAGGACCACAAAGCUUACAUAUGGUCCCUUGGAGUUACGGAUAAUGAGAGCAAGGAUAAAAGACCUUGUGAGUUUCUUGAGGCUCAUUCCGAGGUUGUCACAGCCGCUGUGAUCGCGCCGAUGAAAUCUAGAAUACUUCUCAGUGGCUCUGGAGAUCCUGUCUACGAUUUGUGCAAUCCACCGCCUGUGACUUUACUGAGUAGAGAGGAAUCAAUCCUUCCCUCGACACCUCGUGCAACUAGUGAAGCAGGAAACCGCGAUUCAAUUACUGUUCCCGUUGAAGAUUUUCAAGAACCUCAGAUCAAAAGGCCUGAACAAUCAUCUGCUUACCUUGCCAGGUCUAAUCACAAUGAUGGCAAUAUUAUAGUAACCGCAGAUUAUCUUGGUCGCAUAAAAGUCUUUCGACAAGACUGCGCCUAUCAGAAACGACGCAAUGACCAAUGGGAAACUUCAUCUCAGUUUUCCAAGAAGAUGCGCGUCCGUAGCAGCAGUAUAAUGACUCGUCAAAGUGGUGGUUCCCUGUCACGUCAAACCUCCAUCUCCCAGAAUUCUAUUUCAGGCCCCCUAACGCAGGCUGACAAUAAUAUCCUCGAUUGGCGGAAGGCAGUUUUCAACGAUAGACCCAAGACCUCCAGCUCUCAUACCAAACCACCUCUCUUCAGUAAUCGGAGUGAUCGUAGCAUCUCGCCCGCCAAAAUUAGUCGAGCGCCUUACUCAUCAUCCUCCUCUGCCAAUCUCGCAAGUGCCUCCCGUCAACUCCAGUAUGGUAGUGUUGUACCAAUAACUACGACAACGAUAAGUGGCGGGAACGGCCCUCCUUCCAUUGCUACAAGUAGCCCCCCUCAAUCAAUCUUCAAAUCACAAUCGCACCAAUCCCUCCCGAGUCAACCGCCAGCCCCAUCCUUCACACUCAAUUCUGCAUCACCUACUCCCAGCGGGGGGGUUUUAAGUGCCCAAAAGACAGAUGCCACAGGAAAAUCUUAUCAAUUUUGGAAUAUCGCGAGUUGGAAAAACAGCUCAACUGCGAACCAAAAUACGAACAAAUUAGGCGCAGAACGUGGUACCACCUCAUCCCGUGGAAAUAGUAUUGUCUCUAAAUUGAGCAGUGAUGCAAAUUCUGAUUUGACAAAUGGAAAUCAAGAUGUAGAAGGCGAGACUAGUGAUGGCAGUGGUCAAACCGCUGCGUGUAAGAAGUGCGGAGGGAAGGACUUCAAAGCUAAAAAGUUUGCAGUGGGUCGCAGCACAGCAUAG